AUGGAGUUGGGUUAUGUUCUAGUCAUACGGCGGACGAACAAAAACUCGGUAAAUGUGGUCAAUAAAAUUACACUAAUAUGUCACCACGGUGGACCACGCGAUAAGAGGUUAAUUGGGCCAUCAAAACGGUCCAACAAGAUAGGUUGUCCCUUUACUUUGGAAGGUCGGCCCGGGUGUGAUGGUGGUUGGAGGGUAACUGUCAAGGACUGGAGACACAAUCAUGAUCCAACUGCCGAUCUGCAUGGGAAUGCAUACGCGAGACGGAUGACGGAAGAAGAAAAGGAAUAUGUGGGAAAGCAAUCAGAUGGCGGUUUGUACCCACGUCAGAUCCAGGUUAUGUUUUCAUUGCUGCAGGAGAAGAACUACUUUUACCAGUUCACUUCAAAUAGUAAAAAUGGACGGUUGGAGAACCUUUUCUUCAUGCAUCCAACAUCAAUGAUCCUAUGGCGCGCUUUUCCCUGGGUUAUUGAAAUUGACUCCACGUAUAAAACCAACGUGUACAACAUGCCGCUUGUUGAGAUUGUCGGCGUAACUUCAACGAGCAGGACCUUCAAUUAUGCAUAUGUUUUUAUCAUAAACGAGCAGGAGGCUAAUUAUCGAUGGGUGUUGCAAUCUCUAAAGUGCACCCUUGUUGAAGGCUUUGCCAUUCGUGUCGUUCUAACUGACAGGGAGUUGGCCUUGAUGAGAGCAUUGAAGGUUGUUAGGCCUGAAUCGAAACAAUUGUUGUGUAGGUUCCACAUAUGGCAAAACAUUAACAAACACUGCGAACCGACAUUGCGGCUGAAAGAUGUUUCCAUUGAAAGGCUUAAGGUCUGGUGGACAGGGGUCUAUGAAUCUCGGACUGUUGACCACUUUAACUCAAACGAGAAAGAGUUGAAGAAAAAAUUGAAAGAUUUUCCAUCUGUCUACAACUACCUGAAGAUAAUUGGUUGUCCCCGUACCGAGAGCAUUUUGUUUCAUGUUGGGUCGAUGAACAUCUCAACUAUCAGAACCACACCACAAACAGAGUGGAGUCCGAGCAUCACUUGCUGA